AUGUCUCUCAUAACCCCAAACCAGUCCUUGUUCUCAUCUAGUCUGAAUGGCCUCGUCGUCGUACUCACUGGCGGCGCACAAGGAGUAGGCCAGAGUGUCGUGCAACAACUUCAUUCGGCCGGCGCAAAAAUCAUCUUCGGCGACGUCGACGACACACUCGCCACAAAACUCGUCUCGACUCUAAACAGCAAGGAUACAGAAGAGAGAGUACACUUCGUCCACUGCGACACAUCAAACUACGCCAACCAACUGCACCUCUUCCAAACAGCAUACAACCUCCACAAGCGCAUCGACAUCGUAAUCGCCAAUGCCGCAAUCGCAAUCCACAAGGAUCCAUUCCUUCCAUUGCACGAAUCCGACGACGCAAUCCUCUCAGCGCCGAAUCUCGCCGAAAUCGACGUUAAUCUCAAGGGGCCCUUAUACACCGCUAGGCUGGGCUUACAUUACCUACGCAAAAACUCAUCAGCACACAAAGGGGAUAUAGUCCUCGUGUCGAGUAUAGCGGGUUUCAAAGAAUGUGAAGGCCUCACGACAUAUACGGCCAGUAAGCAUGGCGUAAUUGGGUUGAUGAGAGGAUUGGCGUUGCAGGCGGCGAAGGAAGGAAUCAGGAUUAAUACGGUUUGUCCAUGGAUGACCAAAACGAGAAUGGUUACUGGCAUCGAACAAGGGUGGUACAACCUCGGCCUGCCCUCUAACGAAGCCGAAGACGUCGCAAACGCGAUCCUCAUUUGCGCAACUGCGAAUCGGUCAGAAAGUAAACGGCAUGAAGGUGCUGUGUUGCCGUUUUCGGGAAAGAUUGUUUGGGUUGGUGGGGGGAAGAGUUACGAGAUUGAAGAUAGAAUCCAGGCGUUGGAGCCGGAGUGGCUGGGGCGAGAGAAUAGUGAGGUUUUGAAGAAAGGGCAGGAGUAUCUGCAUUCUGGGAAGACGAGUUGGGACACUUCAAAGUAA